GUAUUUCUUGCUUAAAUAUUUCAAUAUUAGUAUACGUCUGUCGAGAGUUUACUAUCGAUACUCAGAAAUUAUAACUAGAAAAAAAUAUGAAAUACUACCAUAAGUUCUUGCUUAUUUUCUUGUGGGCUCAAAUACUCAUAGCUCUCUCAAAUGUAAAGAUUUGUUCAAGCUGCAUCUUGGAAGAAAAAAAGGCCCUCUUGGAUUUCAAAUCUUCCAUGAAUGAGACCAAAUAUCCUCACCUUCUUCUUCCGUCUUGGAUUGAUCAGAAUGAAGUCGGUGAUUGUUGCAACUGGGAAGGGGUGAUAUGUAGCAAUACUACUCGGCGAAUUGCUGAACUCCAUCUUUCCUUUCUUGAAGAACAUAUUCAUAAUUUGCGCUAUGAUUAUGAGUAUAAAUGGUUUCUCAACUUGAGCAGUUUCCUCCCUCUCAACAACCUCCAAGUUUUGGACUUGAGUUACAAUAACUUUGGCAAAAAUAGAUUUGAUUGCGAAGAAUUGGCUAAUCUAAAAAAUCUUGAAUCCUUGGAAUUGGGUUGGAACUACCUUGGCAACAGAAUACUUCAAUGUGUAAGGGGAAUUUCUUCCAUUAAAAGAUUGAGCCUUGGAAGAAAUGGAUUAGUGGGUUCGUUUCCUUCAGAAGAAAUUAGUGGUAUGAAGAAAUUGGAGGGUCUUGACUUAAGUAUCAAUCGGUUUUCAGGUUCACUCAUGUCUUCUAAAGGUAAAUUAUUGUGCAAACACUCAGCUCAUCUGUCCUUAUGAUUUCUUUGUAUUGGGAACGACAGGGCCAUUUUAAAAAAUCUCCAAAUACAUACUUCAUUGUAUAUAUGAAGCAAUUUCUUGAUAACAAAAAAUGGUCACUUGCUAAUGUAUUUUUUGAUAGAGAUUUUCGGAUUGGUUUAUGGGCAGGAGGAGUUUGUAACAUGAAGAAUCUUGUUGAACUUCAUUUGGAAUAUAAUUUUUUCGGUGGGAAUAUCCCGCCAUGUCUCAGCAACUUAACGUCUCUUAAGUAUCUUGGUUUGGGGUACAAUAACUUAAGUGGGAGGAUACCCCCUUCUGUGAUCACUAGUCUUGUAAACCUUGAAUCCCUCCAACUUUUUCUCAAUCCGUUUGAGGGUUCACUUCCAUUGAGUCUUUUUUCCAAUCAUUCAAAGCUUCAGAAACUUACACUUGGACCUUCAAUUAGUGGGUUGCAUGUGGAUUUUGGAAGUUUGGCUCUACCACCUCCUUUUCAACUAACACAUCUUGUCUUGCCCGGAUGCAACUUGAACAAUGAGAUUCUUAAAUUUUUGUUUUACCAGAAAGAACUUAGACAAGUUUAUCUUUCUCAUAAUAAUAUAGUCGGGGAGAUUCCAAUUUGGCUGCUAGAAAACAACACCCGCUUAGAAAUUAUUUUAUUGAGGAAUAACUCAUUUACAGGCAAAUUUCCCUCAAACAUCACACAAAGACUUCAACAUCUCGAGGUGUUAGACAUCUCAAAUAAUGAGUUUGUUGGUCAAGUACCUCGGAAUAUGGGUUUGUUCUUCCCAAAUCUGAAGUUCUUGAAUUUGUCAAGAAAUUAUUUUCAAGGAAGUAUACCUGAAUCUCCAGGCUACUUGGACGUGGCAUAUGCUAUUGAUCUUUCACACAACAAUUUUUCCAGAGAAGUGCCAGAUCGUAUUGGAACCGGUUGUCCCUCCCUGUCUUAUUUGUACUUGUCCCAUAAUAACUUGCGAGGCAAUUUCCCUUCGGGUUCAGCAAACUUGAGUCGUUUGCAAGUUCUUUGCUUGGAUAACAAUAAAUUUUCUGGAAGCAUCUCAAAUCAGUUAUCCCGGAAUUUUGAACUAAGAUACUUGGAUUUAUCAAGAAAUGAAUUUCAAGGACAAAUUCCAAGCUGGAUAGGAAACUUGUCAUCAAUGCAGAUCCUUGACCUAUCACAAAACCAGCUUGCAGGAAGCAUACCAAACGAUAUAUGCAAGCUAAGUUCUCUUAACUUCUUAGACCUCUCGGCAAAUCAGUUAAAUGGAUCUAUACCUUCAUGCACAAGUCUGUAUAAAUUGAGGUUCAUUCACCUACAAGGAAAUCAAAUAACAGGGUUAAUACCACAUUCCAUUUUAAGAAAUUCAUUUGAUCUAAGGGCUAUUGAUUUCAGGCAUAACCGUUUGUCUGGUGGUGUUCCUCAUGAUAUUAUGGCACUUUCACAACUUAAGGUUUUGCUCUUGGGUGGUAACAAUCUUCAAGGCCAGAUUCCUAUAUACAUAUGUCAACUGAAGGAACUAAUGAUCUUAGAUUUUUCUCAUAAUACUUUUUCAGGGCAAAUUCCUUCAUGCCUAAAUAACAUCUCAUCUGGAGUAAUUUUUGAGGUUUUGGAUCACAUAUGGGAUGUUUAUAGAUCAUAUGAUAAUAUAGUUAUAACAAAAAGUUCUAAAAUUUCAAUGAAAGGUCUCAUCGAUAUUUUGGAAACGUAUGCCCCAGAGUUUUAUGUUCCACUUAAGUUCCAAGAGGUAGUGGAUUUCACAACUAAAAGUAGAGUUAAUGCCUAUUCAGGAAGCAUUCUGAAUUACAUGUCUGGUAUAGAUUUGUCUUGCAACCAAUUAACAGGAGAAAUACCACCUGAAUUGGGUGAUCUAAACAAAACUCGGGCAAUGAAUUUGUCCCACAAUCACUUGCAAGGAUCAAUUCCCUCAAACCUCUCCAUGUUGAAACUUAUAGAGAGUUUGGACCUUUCAUACAACAAACUCAGCGGCCAGAUACCUCGUGAACUCGUAGGUCUGACCUUCUUGUCCACUUUCAACGUGUCAUAUAACAAUUUGACAGGUAAAACACCAGCAACUGGUCAGUUUGCAAACUUUGAUGAGAGCUGUUACAGAGGAAACCCAAAUCUCUGUGGAUCACUUUUCCAAAGACAUUGUCAAAGUAAUGGAGGUACAAAUGAUCAUUCCUUGUACACUGAUGGUGGUGAUGAAAAUGAUGAGGAGAUUGAUAUGGUAGCAUUAUCUUGGAGCUUUGCUAUAUCAUUUGUUGCUGCUUUAGCAACUUUAAGUCUCUCUUUAUAUCUUAGUCCUCAGUAUCGAAGAACAUUGUCUAGUCUUAUAGAUGCAUGGAUUUUGCCAAGAUUCUACCGCCGAUAUGAACCUCGCUGGUACAAAUCGCGUUAGAGAUCGAUGAUUAAGGAAUUUUGGAAUCCUUUAUGGUCAAUGUUGAUAUAAUAAACUUCACUCUUUGCAUUUUUCCUUUUCAAUAUUUUGAUUGUUGCAACAAUAUGCCUAGAAGCUUUCUUGGGAAAUUUUCAGCCUAAGCAAUUGAAAAUUAAGGUAAUCUGGAUACUGAAAAUCUAAUUUUGCAGCACAUGCUUAAUUUCCACCAUCCUUUACACACUCCAUUAUAAGUUUGUCUAGCCUUCCCGUUCUAAGAAUUCAAUGCUAAGACAGGAUUCCAGUUAGCACUCGAAGUUACGUUUUCAAUAAGUGAGAGUUAAAUCUGGAAUCGACUCGAGAAAAAUACCAGCAUAAUAUAACUGAUAAAAAUUUAGUUAGUGGAUAUGUGGUUGAAAAACGACAUAAUUGGUUUAUUUAGCCGAUAUAGAGACUUUGAACUCCUAAUUAUUCAUACCAAAAAAAGAAAAAUUUAAAAGAACUCACAGUUAACUGAUUAGGC